UUGGCUUCUUUAUUAUGUUUCAUUGCAACACAGCUUAUGGACUAAAUGAACAUCUCCGGAUCAGGAUUCUAUUCUGAAUCAGUGCAUGAAUUCAUCCUUCUGGGUUUUCCCUGCAGCAGGGAGAUUCAAGUCAUCCUGUUUAUGUUCUUCUGCAUUGUCUACCUCCUGACUCUCAUGGGAAAUGGAGCCAUUAUCUGUGCUGUGUGUUGGGACCAGAAGCUCCACCCCAUGUACUUCCUUCUGGGGAAUUUUGCAUUCCUGGAGAUCUGGUACGUCAACUCCACUGUUCCCAACACGCUGGUUAACUUCCUCUCAAAGACCAAGGCCAUCUCAUUCACUGGGUGCUUCCUUCAAUUAUAUUUCUUCUUUUCCAUGGGCUCCACUGAGUGCUUCUUUCUCUCAGCAAUGUCAUUUGAUCGAUACUUUGCCAUCUGUCAUCCUCUGCAUUAUGCCACAGUUAUGACUGGACAAUGUUGUAUCAACCUGGUGAUUUCUUGUUGGGUGUGUGGCUUUCUCUGGUAUCUGGUGCCUGUUAUUCUUAUCUCCCAACUGCCUUUCUGUGGCCCCAAUGUAAUUGACCACUUUGUGUGUGACUCAGGCCCAUUGCUGACCCUUUCGUGUGCUCCUGCCCCCAUGUCCAAGCUUACCAGCUAUACCCUAAGCUCCCUCAUCAUCCUGCUCAGCUUCCUUUUCAUCCUCAUCUCCUACACCCUGGUCCUACUUGCUGUGCUUCGGUUGCCCUCGGCAUCCAGUCGACAUAAGGCCUUUUCCACCUGUGGGUCCCAUUUGGCUGUGGUGCUGCUAUUCUAUGGGACCAUCAUGGUGAUGCAUGUGAGCCCUGGAUCCAGCCACUCCACCUUGAUGCCAAAGAUUAUGACCCUGUUCUAUGCAAUGGUGACUCCGCUCUUCAACCCUUUGAUUUACAGUCUCAGGAAUAAGGAUAUGAAAAAUGCUCUCUGGAAAGUUCUGGAAAAGUCUAAACUUUCUUUGGUAGCAGGCCCAGGAGGAAUGUGGAAUAAUCCAGCUUAG